CCAAGUCAGCACACACCUCCCAAGAUAACAAAUAUUCUCUCUCUCUCUCUUCCCUCGUCGUCUUCGUCACCGCCCUAACUAAAAUCCAAUUCCACCCAAAAUCUCCAAAUCCACUCUUCAAAAUCCCCAAACCAAACUUGCUCUUAAAACCCUAAUUCGAUCACCAAAGAAGAAAGAAAAAGCAGAAGAUCGAUGUGGGCAGCUUCUUGCCUGGCGUCAUGCUGCGCGGCCUGCGCAUGCGACGCUUGCAGGACCGUCGUUUCAGGGAUCAGCCGUCGUUCGGCGAGGAUCGCGUACUGUGGCCUCUUCGCCCUCUCCCUUAUCGUUUCUUGGAUUCUCCGUGAGGUUGCUGCUCCUCUCAUGGAGUCCAUCCCCUGGAUCAAUCACUUCCAACAUACUCCUAGCCGGGAAUGGUUUGAAACAGAUGCAGUUCUGCGGGUUAGCUUGGGAAAUUUUCUAUUUUUCACUAUUCUGGCAAUUAUGAUGGUUGGUGUAAAAACCCAGAAGGAUCCUCGUGAUAAUUUGCACCAUGGAGGUUGGAUGAUGAAAAUUAUCUGUUGGUGCCUUUUGGUAAUCUUCAUGUUUUUCCUUCCAAAUGAGAUUAUCAGCUUUUAUGAAACAAUAUCAAAGUUUGGCUCGGGUAUGUUUCUUCUCGUUCAAGUUGUGCUGUUGUUGGAUUUUGUUCAUGGAUGGAAUGACAAAUGGGUUGGAUAUGAUGAACAAUUCUGGUAUGUUGCUCUAUUUGUUGUUUCACUUGUUUGUUAUGUGGGUUCAUUAGCAUUCUCGGGAGUUCUCUUUCACUUCUUCACGCCAUCUGGACAAGACUGUGGACUCAAUAUCUUUUUUAUUACUAUGACCCUGAUUCUCGCAUUUGUUUUUGCCAUAGUUGCUUUGCACCCUGCAGUAAAUGGAAGCGUUUUGCCUGCUUCAGUGAUAUCAUUAUACUGCACUUACCUCUGCUAUAGUGCACUGUCUAGUGAACCAAGAGAUUACGAGUGCAAUGGUCUUCACAAACACUCAAAAGCUGUUUCCACUGGCACCCUUACUUUGGGUUUAAUUACUACUGUUCUAUCAGUUGUUUAUUCCGCUGUCCGUGCUGGAUCUUCUGCCACGGUGCUCUCCCCACCAAGCUCCCCUCGUGCUGGAAAGCCUUUACUUCCAUUGGAUGGAAAGGAGGAAGCAGAGAACGACAAAGCGAAGCCAGUUACAUAUUCAUAUUCCUUCUUCCACUUGAUUUUCUCCCUUGCUAGCAUGUAUUCUGCAAUGCUUCUGACAGGUUGGUCAACCUCUGUUGGAGAGAGUGGGAAGUUGGUUGACGUUGGGUGGCCUUCAGUGUGGGUUCGGAUUGUCACGUGCUGGGCAACUGCUCUGCUAUACUUAUGGUCUCUCCUAGCUCCUAUCUUCUUCCCAGAAAGGGAGUUCUGAGGGGGACAUGCUCGUUGCUUUCAAGGUUCUGAGGAAUGUUGUGUGUAACCUAACUAUAUAUUUUGUCGGAGUUGUGUUGCUUCUAUAAUAUGUUAUACGGUAUGCAUCUAUUUCCAUAUACAUUUGAAAAAAGUGUCUGUUAUGAAUGAAAUAAUUCCAAGUGGUAUGUUUUUAAUUGUAUAGUGAAAGAUUUGUACCCUCAAUAUAUCUAUAAUUGUCCAUAUGGUCUGUUCCUGCUUCUUCCAGGA